AUAUUUUCGUCGCAGUCCUGUUUUGUGUUGACCAAUCUCGAUGGUGGAUGGGAGCACAACAUAGUGGCCGUCGACUAUGGAGCCAACGACGAUUCUCCGCUGGAGCAGGCGCUCAGCCGUUCUCGGACACGCCGCUGCAGAGCCUGCCAUGCGGCUUGAUUUCGUUCUUCCCGGAAUCGGCACUGCCAAAUAUUCCGGCCCUGGCUUUGGCAUCGGGACCCUCGCUCUUCAUCUACCGAAACAGACGGCCGUACUUCAAGUUCACCCUCCCGAAGGUUCCCGCGAAUCCCUUGGAAGAAGACGUCUGGCAGUCGAUCCGGGCCGCGCCUACACACGAAUCUGGCCAAAUCGACCCGCAGUGUGUCGACGAUGCCUGGAAACUCCUCAGGGAAAUCCGCGAGUCCUCAACCGGCGAGCUUACCAACAGGACCCUGCUCUUUCUAUCCAUGGACGACGAGAUUUCGCGGAUCGAGUUUGUCCAGAAAGUCAAGGACCAGCCACUGACUCGCGAGCCAGCCAUCACAUGCAUAGCCGCCAUCAAAAGGCAUAGCAAAGAUGAAGAGUCCAUGGACUGCCUCAUCGUCGGCUCGGAGGAGAAGAUCGUAUACAUUUUGAGUCCCCCAAACUUCACCAUCGUCGAGAAGUUCCAGCUGUCGAGUCCGAUUGUAUUUGUAUCGGCCCGGGGCCUCUUUCAAGGGAACUACACAAUCGUGGUUGUGUGCCGUGACGGAAGCCUGUACCGACUAAAAGAGAACGCAUGUGAGCGACUCGUCCAGCUCGAAGUCCAGCCCCUUGGACUGCUGGUGUUCGAGCAAAGUGCCAUCGUUGCAUGUAUGAACCAUUGCAUAUACUGCUACGACUACCAGGGCUAUCGAAGGUUUUCUAUCCUGAUGCCGGCCGCAAUCGCAUGCAUCGAAGCGUUUGCACAUCCAUCCAAGCGAUAUGUCGGAUAUCUGGUUGCACUCGAGAACCGACAUGUCCGAAUCUACAACGGCAACAUACUGGUCUCAUGCAUACUCGCAGAUGGAAUUGUCAAGGCCGUGAGGUUUGGAACGUUUGCUCGCGAAGAAUCCUGCCUGGUCAUGCUGAUGACCUCGGGCGGUCUGCUAGUGAAGCGGCUCAAGAGAAGCACCGAGCUUGUCAGCGGCGAUUCAGUUCUGAGACCACCCAAGGAACAAAACAUUCCCAUUCCAGUUCCAAAGAAGACCAAGAUAUUCAUGGAGCAGUCGAAUCGGGAAAGAGACCAGGCAACAGAUCUCUAUCGAUUAUUCCAACACGGUCUCACCAAGCUCAGGAUACAGGCGCUCAAAGGGUAUAUGCAAUUGGAAUCCCGAUCCGCGGACCCAUCUGGAUCGUCGGCAUCGCUCCCAGUGAAGCUGGACGCAAAUCUUCUCGGCUUGGGCCCGCUCUACAGACUCGAGCUGCGACUGGAAAACAUUGGGACAGAGCCUUUGUCGAAUCUGGCUGUGCAUUUGCGACACAGUUCACGCGACAUUGUACCUCGCUGCAGGGGCUUCCAGCUGCCGCUACUGGUGCCUGGGCUUGCAUAUCAGCUCGAGACAGAUUUGCACACAGCAGCGCGGGACGAUUCGGGCGGCAGUUUUCCUAACCUCGCGGUCCCAGCGCCAAAGCUCACUGUUGUCGUUCACGGCCGCGGGCCGGGCGGGCCGUUGCUGUGUGCCGAGGUUGACCUGGGCGCGAUGGCCUGCACUCAUCCGCCGACAUGAAUUGCAGCACAUGAAUUGCAACCCAUGACUCGCAGUACAUGGCCCGCUUGAGGGAGUGCUGGUUCUUUGUGGCUGGACAGUGUGUGGCGCAGGCUGGAGGAUAGUGGCGCAGCAUCCGCGCAGCUCACAUGACCGGCGGGCGGCCAGCAUUUCGCACAAUCAAUUUUUUCCGAC